GACAGUUCGUGAUCGUCACCAAAACGGGCCAAAAUGGCGCACUUCCAUGAACUCACGUCCCUGCUGAUUGCACAUGCCUUGCGGACUUAUUCCCUUAGCUACGUGUAAAAUAGUAGGCAGAGGCAUGGACACCCGGAGGCCCUUCCAGCCAGGUUUUCCCCGCAAAAAGAAUGCAAAUUUUUCAAGUUUCAGCGCUCUGGGGUACAUGGUCACGACUGCGACGCCUCCCUCUUGAUAUAAAAGCUCGUCCUUCUGAGCUCUCCUUAUUGACGAGAAUUACCCCACCUGUGUCAUUCCUGGUCUCGCACAAUCUUUUCUGUUUUACUCUUCGCCAUAAGCCAUGUUUCCUGCACUGUCAAUCUGGUUCUUUGUCGUAGCAGCGGUCGUAACCCAACUACUUGCGCGACCGAUGCGUUUGGAUUCUACUCGAAGAGAUUCAAACUGUACUGAUCCGACUGUUCGCGUUAAUUGGCUGACCCUGACGGAUGGUGAGAAGACUGCUUACUUUGAUGCCGAGCUGUGUCUCCUUUCUUUGCCUGCUCAGUCGUCUAUUCCUGGUGUCGUUACACGAUACGAUGACCUCGUUGGCGCGCACUCCAUGCAGUCCGACACUGGCGCCGGUACGGAUUUAUGGCAUACGACUGGACAAUUCUUAGCGGUAACUCACAUGAAUUAUCUCAUGAACCGGGCCCACCGAUACUACAUGCAUACCCAUGAGAUCCUGCUUCGCGAGGAGUGCAAUUAUACUGGGGCCUUGCCAUAUUGGUACGAACUUGAAGAUGCUGGCGCAUUUAACGAGUCAUCUGUCAUGAUCGAAUUCGGCGGUGAAGGGCUUGAAGAAAAUGAUUAUGUUAUUGUGGAUGGGCCUUUUGCCAACCUCACUCGUAAUCUCGGUCCAGGAGCUACAAACACACCUCAUCUUCUCACCCGCCAAAUGUCAUGGUGGAACACCACACUCGCAAAUCAAACAUACUUUGACGAAGUCAACGCCCAGACGACCUUCGCCUUGUUCCAGUCGACUCUCAAUCCGACAAUUCACACCGCUGGUCACAGAGGGGUCGGAGGCGAUAUGGAAAAUAUUCUGACAUCCCCCAAUGACCCGAUGUUCUUUUUACACCACACUUACCUGGACUGGGUGUGGUGGACGUGGCAGGGCGACAACGAAACCAGGAUCUUCGAUAUCGAAGGUGCUGGAUACGAAACUCAGUCUGAGCCGGCGACUGGUUGGGUGGAAACGAGUGCCGAAACUAGUAUUUGGGUGUACGAUAUUAUUCCCAACAUCACGGUCGGAGACGUCUUAUACACCCAAGGCGGAUACUUGUGCUACAUCUACGCUUAGUCUCACUCACCAACUUCCCUUCAUCUCUUUCUAUCGGUUAAUUAGGCCAAAGAUCUCAGGCCAGAAAGGGGCUGAAACAUAGGUACAAAAUAGAAUACGACAGCUUACGACAGGCUUUCUUUCUUUUAAAUGUUAGCAAAACCAGCGUCUCGGAUAGCUGUCUUGUGUAUAUUGUAUCGCGAAUCAAGCACGCAGAUUUCGAGCUUUGCCUUCGAGUCAGUUGAGCGAAGGUAGGACCAAUCUGAAUCAUCGAUAUUAUCCACACAAAUAGCCAAUGGGUUUCGUUCGACGCCGCAUCUGAGAUAUUUCCCCAAUCGCUUCCACUGAAGAGACUGAAUAGAACGCGUUUCAAGCAACGACGUUGGGCCAGAUCCUGAUAGCCAUCGUUGUAUAGAUUUGAAGGUCAAGCCGGAUACAGAGACAUAUGUUGGUAGGCAGGGAACACUGGAACUCAAGGGUAUGAAAUACGGGACCAGGCACCCGGAAUUAUUG